AUGGGAAUGGAAACUCUUAAGAACAGGACGAAAUUUGAAGAAUUCUGGAUUCUCGGAUUUGAGAACGCCUACAACCUUACGAUUCUACUCUUCCUCCUGUUCCUCGUAGUUUACAUUGUGACAGUAUCUGCUAAUUUCAUGAUCGUCUUGUUGGUGUACUCGUCCCACCACAUCUACUCUCCGAUGUACUUCUUUCUUAGCCACUUAUCGCUGAACGAUAUCCUCCUCACCACAAAUAUUGUCCCUAAAAUGCUUUCUGUUGAGUUAAGAGAAGGAAGUGCCAUGACCAUCGCUGGAUGUUUCACCCAACUUUACUUCUUUCAAAUAUCAGCGGUUGUAGAAUGUCUCCUCCUCACCGUGAUGUCCUACGACCGAUAUUUGGCCAUCUGUAACCCGUUGCGUUAUUCCUCCAUCAUGGACUUGAAGCUUUGUGAAAUGUUUAAGAACGGGACAAAAACAAUUCAAGUCGAUGAAUUCUGGAUUCUCGGGUUCAAGAACAUCCACAACUUCAGGAUUCUGCUCUUUCUCCUGUUCCUCAUAACCUAUGUCAUGACAGUAUCUGCUAAUUUCGUGAUUGUUUUGUUGGUGUACUCGUCCCACCACGUCUACUCCCCGAUGUACUUCUUCCUUAGCCAUUUAUCUCUGAAUGAUAUUCUUCUCAUCACCAAUAUUGUCCCUAAAAUGCUUUCUGUUGAGUUAAGAGAAGGAGAUGCCAUGUCCAUCACUGGCUGCUUCACUCAAUUCUACUUCUUCGAAAUAUCAACCACUGUCGAAUGUCUCCUCCUCACCGUGAUGUCCUACGACAGGUAUUUGGCCAUCUGUAAGCCGUUGCGUUAUUCCUCCAUCAUGGACCUUAACCUUUGCAUUUUUCUUGUGACUCUGACGUGGGAUUUAGACGACAAGAUGAAGGAAUGGUGUAGGAGGUCCACUCAUGGGUGCUUAUUUGACUUUAAGAAUGUCAUUCCACUUAAGGUCACAUUACAUGUGGAAUGGAAUGAAUGCUCAACCACAGAUAUGGAAGCGAGGCUGAUCGCUCAGCGUGCGAGCACCAGGGAAUAA